AUGGCGACUCCAGCCGCGCAAAAGCGUCUGACAAGAGAGUUCCAGAUACUCCAGAAGAACCCUGUCCCUCUAAUCUCAGCGCAUCCCUCCGAAUCCAACAUUCUGGAAUGGCACUGCCUGCUGACUGGUGCCCCGGACACCCCCUACUACAAUGGACAAUAUUGGUGCACUCUCAUGUUCCCCCCAGACUAUCCAUUUGCGCCUCCAGCAAUUCGAAUGCAUACUCCCAGCGGUCGCUUUCAGACAAACACACGACUCUGUUUGAGCAUCAGUGACUAUCACCCCAAGUCGUUCAAUCCUGCUUGGUCGGUGUCGACGAUCUUGAUCGGCCUCAUGUCAUUCAUGAACAGCGAGGAGAUGACUGCUGGCAGCGUUGGAGGGACGGAAGCAGAGCGGAAAUGGCACGCUGCAAGAUCGAGAUGGUUCAAUUCUACAGGAGGUGGUACCGCUUCAAGACCAGUCGCCGGGAUACAGCACUCAACAAAAGGUCUCGGGGGUAUCAAGGCUGGUGAUGGUGGUCGAAAGUUUAAGGCCGAGUUUCCUGAAGAAGACAAGGAGAAUUGGGAGUGGAUGACUGAGCAUCGCGUCGACCCAGCCACAGGCAAGAUACUACCAGAUCCCGAGGGCGAACCCAUCAAUUGUUCACCGGAAACCAAAGCAAUUCGACGGAUACUUGGGGGUAGUGGUGCCGGGGUGGGUGCUGUUGUACACGGGGGCCAAGCAGCAAGAAAUGCCGGUCAAGGAUGGAUCUGGAGGAACAAAUACUGGAUCAUGGCAGGCCUUUUCCUCGUUUACGUUUUGGCAGGAAGAGUACUCGGUGAAGAUGAGUGA